AUGGCGUUGAAAUGCGGUAGAAGCUUAGUUCGCCUUGCAUUGAUCUGCUUUUUUCUAAACAUUCAGCAUACUCAAGGGGUGGUUAAAAUCGACGUUUCCAAAACUAAUCAGAAGGCAACAAAUGAAACUUCAACGACAACCACAACCAGCCCGGGGACAACAGCAAGUGCUGAAAAUUCAUCAGAACCUUCUCUCGAUGGAACAACAACAGUUGCAAAUCAACUUGAUCUGACCACUGGAAGUUCUUCAACAGCUGUUACCACCAGCACUACCGUCGCACAACCAAAACCUACCGAGGCACCAGAGACUACUACUAUCCCACCAGUCCAAUUGGAACCUCCUAAAGAAGGACGAUUGAUCAAAACUGUUCCCCAGGGUUACUACUGCCGGUGUGAUCUCAAGAUCAACAUUUGUGACGUUAACUGUUGCUGCGACAUCGACUGCAAUGAAGCGGUUCUGCGAACCUAUGACUGCGAUCGGGAGCAGAUCGAAGUCGGGGACUAUCGACACCGGGACGGACUACAGUCCUGCGAAGUUCAGGGCGGUCUAUUUUGCCUGGUCGGCGAAAAGGAUGGACGAGAUGUGCCAGAUAAAUCGCACUAUAAUCCAAAUUUGAAACAGAAAUAUUCACGUCACAAGUGGAACGAAAUUUUCCCUACAAACGAGAAUCCAAAAGACAUUUCGAACCGUAUGUUUUACAAAGUCAACGAUCUUGUUCAGUUUUAUAACGAAAGCAGUGAACAGGUUGAAACUUUCGUUCUACCAUACUCGAUAACAAACUCCGAGUGUCAACUCAAACAACCGGUUCGAUUUUUACGCGAUCAGUCGACACAGUGUCUGCGGUCCCUGGAAAGUCUGGACAGUUUUACCGAGAGCUUCGUUGAACAGCAGUCUCAGAUGCGAUACCUUCGUUAUCCGAAAAACGAAAUUGUCGAACAUUGUGCCGAUUCAGACUGUUUCAACAUUACCGUUAUUCGAUACUGUAAUUUAUCGGGGUCCAAAUGUCGAGCCAACAACCAAACCGAGUGGGAUGGAACAUGGAUGUGCCCGGAAAUAAGGAUUCAAUUCGUCCAUAACUACACUCAUUUGGAAUCUGUCGCAGUGUUUAUUUUGUGUGGAUCAAUCGAAGAGCUUAAUCUUGAAACUGACUCCAUUUGGCACCGUUUUACGGUCAGCUUCAAACGAGAACAUGAAGAGAGAUUUGCUAGAAGCGUCAGUGGUAAUUUGGGCUACCUUCAGCAGAAACCACUUCUGGUUUCGAACCUUCAAAUACCGGUUAAUGACACGGUUGAGACCAGACGUUCUUCGAAGUAUAUGCUUAGUUACUUCACUAAUGAAACGAGACUGCCGGAUGAAACGUUCCGUUUGAAGUUGCCAAAAAGCAAAGGGAAUCGAUGCACUUUGGACGAACGAAACCAUCACCAAGUUCUGUUCGGUGAGAAUAUUUGGACUAAAUGUAAUUUUUACCCGAAAAUCAACGUAUCGGCUGAUUCAAACUUCACUGAAGUUUGCAACGACUUACAGAGUAGCAUUUUUGAACUUUUGCUACAUGGAAUACAGCCCCAGUUUCAGCUGAAUGAUUUCGAAUCGCUCAAUAUCUUCCUAUCGAAAUACGGUAACCCUGUGAACCGAACAACGGAUUGGAUUCAGCUGAGAUCGAGCAAUGUAGUUGAGGAUAAGAUCAUCGGGACCAGGGACCCCAAACGGGACUUGUUCACCUGUUACAGCGUAAUCAUCAACGUUCGGUAUCAGUUCUAUCAUGCUCGGCAGACGGUCCGCAACGUCCCUCGCCAACAAGUGCUGCACGAGGCGGAGGUCAUCUUUGGACCGCGAGUGGAUCUUCAGUUUCCGCUAAAUGAAGAGGUGAGGGUACCGAUUUUUGCCCAGGCUCAGUUCUUCGAUUUGACUUCGCGGGGCAGCAAUAGUGCUACCGGUGUGGAUAUUAUUCUAGCUUUAGCUUGUGUCACGAAACUAGUCAUCUAAAUAGUCGAGAAUUAUUAGAUUUAAGA